AUCAUUGACCUAGCAAGUCUCUAAAUCAGCAACAAUCUCGGUUCAUCGUCAUUCAAAAUUAUCCGUAUAAUAUAAUGUUGCUACUAAGGUAUUUGAACACGUUUUCGGUCAUACUAAUUGCUCUGUUAAUUUCUUUAAACAUUUGUAAAUCCUCGCAAAUUAUCGGCUGUGAUCCUGACUUGUCAACGCCAACUACUGCCGAUCAAUCUUAUGAAGAGUAUCAACAAGAAUUUGCGGAUGAAAUUGACGACGUAAAUGACUACAUGCAAAUGGUGGCAGAUCGGCUAACUAAAGACGGUGUAGUUGUCGUUCGAGCUGUCAGGACCACAUUUAAUGUUCCGGGAACUGACGAUGAUUUGCUAACACCGGAUAACUUAGAUCAAGGAGCAAGUGACUGCGUAUCCGACCAACUAAAAUUCAAAAAAGGUACGGCUAGCAUGCAGACUACCGUGUCUCAGGAUGCUGACGCCGAAUUUGAAAUAGAUCCAACGAUGACCGGAGUAAUACCCUCCAGUUUUGUAGAAGAAAAAUCUCCUUGGAAAACUGAAAACUUGCCACAGCACAAUCCAAAUGAAAAAGUUACUCCCUAG